AUGCGUCGUGAUACCGGCGAAGGCAAUGAGCUUGUCGCGAGAUGGUACUACGACAAGAACGCCAAGCAAUGCCGACGGUUCCUUUACAAAGGUCUUCGCGGUAAUAUGAACAACUUCGUGACAAAAACCCAAUGCGUGGAUGCGUGCGAGACAAUUGCCAUCAUCGAUUCUACAAAUCCGUGCCGUUUCGGGCAUCCAGCCAGGCAUACUAAUCAGUCGAGGGUCUUAUGUGGCCCGAACGAUACGUCGUCAUGUCCUGCUAAUUACUAUUGCCACUUUGGAGAGGAUCCAGAAACUACCGUAUGCUGCGAAUCAAGUGGACUGACUGAUCCGUGCCUUCUCGCUUUGAACGUCGGCCAAGGAAAGGCACUUUUGAAGAGAUUUUACUACAACACUUUCUCAAAACGCUGCGUUGAGUUUAUAUAUCGCGGUACGAAAGGGAAUGAAAACAACUUCCUUACCAACAAACAGUGCCAGGAAACAUGCCAAAAAGAACACAUUUCAGAAUGGAGUAACCCAUGUCCAACAGAUAUCAAUUUUGCACAGAAGAAGGACUGCUCUCUGAAUGGAACCGAAUGCGGUGCCGGUGAAUGGUGUCAUGUCGGAUCAUCACAGACGACAACGGUCUGCUGUCCAGGAGGCGAAUGCAAAUCCCCAUGUGGUACUGGGAUCAUGCUGCUCACACCGACGAAAGAGCCUCGUCUGUGCAGUCCGACCUCACCGUGUCCACAGUCACAUUGGUGCCAUGUCGGCCUCACUCCAGAGACCACCGUAUGCUGCUCCACCGGCGAAUGCAAAUCCCCAUGUGGUACUGGGAUCAUGCUGCUCACACCGACGAAAGAGCCUCGUCUGUGCAGUCCGACCUCACCGUGUCCACAGUCACAUUGGUGCCAUGUCGGCCUCACUCCAGAGACCACCGUAUGCUGCUCCACCGUACCCAACACUUGUGAGCUGCCACUGAUGAAAGGCAACGGUAAUUCGCAUUUAACUCGUUGGCACUUCGACAGUAACAAAAAGAAGUGCGUGAAGUUUAUCUACAGCGGUGAAGGAGGAAAUCAAAACAUGUUCCUCACACAAGAUGACUGUCAAGCGAUCUGUCCCGUGUACGAGAAUCCAUGUGGCAGCGGGAAACCACUGCUGAUUGGCAGCGUGCCAAAAGUGUGUAGUCCAGCACAACGAUGUCCCUCUACGCACUUCUGCCAUAUUGGUGUGGACGGUUCAGAUAACUACUGCUGUCAGAAAAACGGUGAUCCAUGUGCCCAAGAGUUGGCUGUUGGCGAAGGAGGGUUCUCCUUGACUAGGUACUAUUUUGACAAAGAAACCCGCAGAUGUCGUGAAUUCGUCUACCAAGGCACUAAAGGGAAUGCUAACAACUUCCUCAGCCUUGAGGACUGUGAACUCGUAUGCCCGGUACUGCCCAACCCGUGCCGUCUCGGUGAGCCGCUGAUGAAUGCUCUCAAAGAGCCGAUUAGCAGUGGUGGAGAAGACUCUUGCAUCAAUGGAUAUUGGUGUCAUGUUGGUGGAAGUCCAGAAACAACCAACUGUUGUCCAGGAACACGUCGACCAUGUGACCUGCCAUUGGAAACCGGUCAAGGAUCCGAACAACUCGAGCGAUGGUUCUACGAUGGCGGUAUUCAGAUGUGUCGAACAUUCACUUAUAAAGGAAUGAAAGGCAACGCAAACAAUUUCCUCACCAAACAAGCGUGCCGGCAAGCAUGUAAAGAAUUGAAUCCGUGCGGUUACGGAGAGCCGUUGAUCGGCACUGAUGAUGAAAGAGUGCUCUGUACAGGAGGACAGAAAGUUGACAGUUGCCCUCGCGGACACUACUGCCAUGUUGGCGCCACUGCUCUCACUACCGUCUGCUGUCCAAAGAAAAAUAUUGAAUCUUGCGAUCAGCCAGUCGAUCAGGGAACAGGCGGUGAGGAUUUACCUCGAUGGUUCUUCGACAGAAAGCAGAAUAGAUGCGCACCGUUCAACUACGGUGGCAUUGGGGGUAACGAGAACAACUUUAUAAGUCAAACCACGUGCAGCGAAGCAUGUCCAGUUUAUCGUAACUACUGCCCACAUGGUAUUCCACUUGUCGAGGGCAACCAAGUCACGCCGUGCGGAAUCGACCGGGGCUGCCCUGAUGGGUUCAUUUGUCAUAUGAGUACCGAGUUUAACGUUUCGGUCUGCUGCCAGGUAAGGAUGCCAUGCUCCUUCAUUAUAGUCACUUGUCAUUACUUUACUGCUUACAUUAGUACAGUGAAUAUAAAUUAG